AUGGACAAGAUCUAUGAUAACGAAUUUUAUCGACAAUUUCAGAUAUCAAAAAAUCGUGAUCCCGUAUGGGACAGCAGGGAUUAUAGUGACCCCGCCAGGACUUCACCAAAUCUUAGUAAUCACGGUAUGGGACGCAGUUUGUAUCCUGUGAGGAUACUAUGUCAAACGGAGAAAGAUGUCACGGGCUUAUCUUCACCAAAUGCAGAGACUCAUGAACAAAAAAAUCAUGAUGAUGGAAACGGACAAGAAGAGUCGCCCAACGACAACAAAUAUCACGUAUUCUCCUCGAAGAAAGACGGUCACGAAAAAAUCACGAAAAACAAGCAAGGAAAGGCGAAAAGAAAAAAAAAGGCAAUCCCAGUCAAGAAGGACCGUGAAUCAUUACAUGUAUUGGACUUCGGUCCACAGCGGAAAACAAACAUUGACAGAAAAAAUGAUAUACGACAACCACUGGGAGAUAACGAACUCGAGAGUAGAAAAAAUACCAUCGUUGCGUUGGUGUCAUUUGAAUGUUGCCCUAACAAAAGAAGAAUCCAAGAAUUUGAACCAUCAUUGGGGGAACUGUUCCGAGUCGGUUCCUUGGUGGUUACUUCAGGUACUACAUGGACAACAGAGGAACCGACGACACCGUGUCAUCAUGUAUUCCCGAACCAUUUCCUUACGCAAAAAAUUGAAUGUAAUACUCCCAUGUAUAAUGUGUCAGAAGGUAAUGGACCAUAUGAAUCAUCAAAUGCACGUAAUAAUUCGUUCAUGUUAGUCGAAAAGAUCAAGAAUGAAUAUGACCGUAAUCGUAUUGCAACUUCUGUUUAUCAUAAUAUUUUGAGUGAAAGUAAAGAAUCUGAUAUUACUGAUCUAACUGAUGAUAUGGAGAGUAUUCAAGAGUUUGGCUUUAAUCACAUCAUCAUUGUCGGGGAACGUGACUACGGAAUGCUUUUUCUUGACUGUUACGGUCGCAUAUUUGAUUGGGACCAUAUUAAUUUUUUAUUAUGGCCACUCGGAAAUUAUUUAGAGCAUAAACUGCAUGAACAUAAGAAUAUGGCAUGGAGUGCAGGGCUCAAUGGGACUAUUACUGAAUUUGAAGUUGGUACGUAUGUAAUGUAA